AUGACCAAAAACAUUUUGGAAAGAUACGGAGGUGAUCUAUGUAAACAAGCAGACCAAAAUGGUUGGACUCCGCUUCACAUGGCUGCAUACUUGGGUUGCAUUGAGCCAACAAAACUAUUGCUGCAAUAUGGUAGAGAGGUAGCAUAUAUGAAAGAUGCAGAGGGUAGGACAGCUCUUCACAUUGCAGCUCAUUGCAACCAAAAAGAAGUAACAAAAGAGAUUAUAUCAAUGUGUCCGGAUUGUUGCGAAGUGGUUGACAAUAAAGGCCGCAAUGCACUCCAUCUCGCCGUGCAUCUCACCAAGUACAAGUCGCCGCCAAUUGCAGCGCUAAUCAUCCAAGAUAAAUCGUCUCUCCGGAAUCUUUUGAAUCAGAAGGACAACGACGGGAAUACACCUCUCCAUCACUAUUGCAAUUAUUUUAAUUUGUACGACGAGCGUCUCCUGAAUUCUCCAAGAGUUGACAAAAUGGUCUUCAACAAAAAGAACGAGAAUGCUCAUCAAAUCUAUACUAGUAAAAGCCUACAACUUUAUGAGAAGGAGCAGAGCCUUUUUGAAGCAAAAAAUAAUAGUUUCUAUUUCAAUGGACGAUUAUUAAAAGUCGGGUAUGAUGAAAUUGAGAAGAGGAAGACGGAGCAGGAGGCCGAUGUGGAGGAGUGGGAGAAGUGGGAGAAACAGAAGGAUGAGGAGGAGGGUAACGCGGCUCGAGCUCAAUUGGUAGUUGCUACACUCAUUACAACCGUGACCUUUGCAGCAGGCAUUAACAUGCCAAGGGGUUUCAUUGGUGGAGAUGAUCAUCCACAUCCAGGCUCUGCAAUUUUUAAAAGUGCUGCUUUCAAAGCAUUCAUCAUUACAGACGCCCUAUCGUUGAUGCUAUCUAGUUCUGCUAUCUUUCUCCACCUAUUUAUUCCGUUUAUCCCAUCUGCUAAAUCCAUGCCCAAGGAGCGCACACGUUUUCUUAAAAUAGCCUUAGGGUUCCUUCUUUCCUCCAUGGUACCAAUGGUUUUGGCAUUUGUUACAUGUACAUAUGCUUUGUUGGAGCAUUCAAAUAUUGCCAUUUCCACUUGUAUUAUUUGCUUAUCCUUCUUUCCCAUCCUUGUUUAUAUAUUUAAAGAAAUGCGGUGGUACGUGCCUAAUUAA